ACGCCCAAGAGGGCCCUCACCCACGAUGAUCGGCUACUUCUUUGCUCUGCUUCCCUUGUAUAUACUUGUAUAUCUCCCUCUCCGGCACAUGUUCUUUGGGUCUCCCGAAGACCUCUCGAACCAAAAUGUCGUUACGUAUAACAGCUCUCUGAUCGCGAGCGACGAACCCCUAUCUUGUCCCGCCCACAGCUACAACACCUUCAUACUCUCCCACGAACCCCUAAUCAUUUACAUUGAAGGCUUUCUCAGUGCCGCCGAAUCCAAGCAUCUUCUUGAAAUCAGCGAAGAUAAAUUCGAGCCCUCGACCGUGACCUCUGGCACGGAAGAGGAUGUCUCUAUCAGGAAGGAUAUCCGGCUCUCUGAAGUAGCAAUGCUCGACCGCGACGAUGUGGUGCGGUGUAUCGAGCACCGGGCCCGAGACUUUCAGGGCUGGCGUCCUAAUCUGCAUAUUGAGCGGUUGAGAACGCAGAGAUAUGGUACCGGAGGCUACUAUACGCAUCAUUACGAUUGGAGUGGAGGCUCCGGGCGCACUCAGAACCGCGUCAGUACGUUUAAUGUCUAUGUGCUUGGGGACUGCGAGGGUGGUGGGACGCAGUUCCCCAGGAUUAGCAUGCCGGAGACGGGGAGGGGGAGAUGGUGCGAGUUCCUGGAGUGUAAGGAUGAUGAGGAAGGAGAGGAAGGAGAGGAGAAAAUGGGUGUCACAUUCAGGCCGAUUACAGGGAAUGCGAUCUUCUGGGAAAAUCUAGGACCGGAUGGGAAUGGGUAUGAGGAGACUUGGCAUGCUGGACUGCCGGUGCUAUCGGGGACGAAAGUUGGGUUGAAUAUCUGGAGUUGGGGACCUGCGAGAAGGAAGUAGUCGAUUUCCCGAGUAUGUACAAAGAAUGUAGGUUCAUACAAUCAUCACGUGCAUUCAUCCGUC